CGAAGGAUGGAUAGGUGACGCAGGAGUACGUCAGCUGUUUUGUUGGGCUUUCACGGAGAGGACGUGCGUGUGUGUCCAUCGUCGUCGGGAAUGGUGUUAUAUUGUUGACUGGAACGGCAUUUCGCGCAACUUUGGUUAUCGGUACCCGUUUGCACGGACGCGUUCUUUUGUUUGUGGUAAUCGCGUGCAAAGAGAACCGCGCGUGUUUCCGAUGUACGAUACUGCGGUGGCGUGAAGAACCAAGAAAACGCGUAAAUGCGCGUGGCUUUUGUGUUAAGUCUCGUUUUGCAAAAACCGUCUUCUCUUUCUCGUACAUGCAAUUGAUUCUAAGAAUCAGCGAAAUCUGUAAUCUAUCGUGUUCGUGACCACUUGACGCAAUCAGAAAUCGGGACGUUCUCGCCCGCUCGGAGGGGUAGACGCAACAUUGUGAUAUUCCACGAAAGAGGCGCAGUGGUAACUUACUAGAAUUGCUAUGGCACAGCCGACGAGCAGCGCGUUACGGGCACUCGCCUUGGAAUACAAGAGUUUGCAAGAAGAACCUGUGGAGGGCUUUCGCGUUAAGCUCGUCAACGAGGACAACAUGUUUGAGUGGGAAGUCGCGAUUUUCGGUCCACCUGAUACACUCUAUCAGGGCGGAUAUUUCAAGGCACACAUGAAGUUCCCGCCAGAUUAUCCAUACAGUCCGCCGAGUAUUCGUUUCAUGACAAAAGUUUGGCACCCGAAUGUAUAUGAGAACGGUGAUUUGUGCAUAUCAAUUCUACAUCCACCCGUAGAUGAUCCACAGAGCGGUGAACUCCCUUGCGAGAGGUGGAAUCCAACGCAAAAUGUCAGGACCAUCCUGCUAUCAGUAAUCUCGUUGCUGAACGAGCCUAACACAUUUAGCCCCGCUAACGUUGACGCAUCAGUGAUGUACAGACGCUGGCGUGACUCCAAAGGGAGAGAUAAAGAAUAUGAAAAUAUCAUAAGGAAACAAGCCCAAGCUGCCAAAAUAGAAGCCGAAAAAGAGGGUAUUGUAGUACCCGUAACCCUGGAAGAUUAUUGUAUAAAGACCCGAGCGAGGCCAGCCGAGCAGCAAUUAGAUAUGACAGACUUUUACGACGACGAAUACGAGUUGGAUGAUGACGAAGACGAGCAGCUCAGCGCCACUGAUUAUGAAGAUGGCGAUGAUAGUGGCAACGGAGAAUCGUGAUCCAUUUCUUAGAUAAUAAAUACAACAACAAAAAACCCGAACCGCUAAUUAUUAUAUACCAAUUCUGUAUAGAUUAAUAAAUUAACGAGCUUUUAAACCGGACAAUCUUUCUAUUUCUCUCUCCGUUACCAAAAUUUCAAGCUAUUUUUUGCUGGACAACAGUCAACUUUAGAAGACUUAUGAGUAUGUCGAUUUCUUUUAAAAUUAUUGUAUUUAUAAAAAGAAAAAUUGAAACAUGAAUAAAAACAGAUCUGCUUAAUGAUGGUUUCCAAAUAAAACUAUUUUAACUCUCGCGCCUAAUUGUCAGAAUUAUUUAUCAGAAUAAAAAUUUACAGAUAUUCGUAGAUUCCAAGUUAUUUAUAAGUUAAUAAUUAUCGUGUGGAUUGUAUUUUUUUCAUAUUUGUUUAAAAUGUGUGUAUGUGUGUGUGUACACACGCGCGCGCGAGCGCACACACACAAUACAUAAUAGUUUAUCAGUUUUUUGCAAUAAUUUUCGAGAAAUGAAACUGACCUCAAAGUCUAAAUAAAAUAUUAUAUAAUUUUUGCUUCAUAUUAAAGCGUCAAGACAAAUUUAACAAUGUUGUAUACUAUGACUUUCGAGAAAUAUAAAAUAAUAUAAAAUAAUAUAAAAAAAUUGACGUACACUAUUAUGUUGGUUAUAAAACAAAACAGCAAAACUUUUCUCUUUUUUAUUGUUUCAAUAUACUUACAAUUUACGAGAAAAAUGCUGGCUAAUAAUAACGCGAAUAUCCUGUAUAUUAUCAGUUGAGGAUUACAGUGUUCUAUUUUCCACUUAAAACACUAUAGCUUUCAGGUGACGAUAAAUAUAUGUACUAUAUAAAUUAUAUAGUUUCAUAUCCAUGUUAAAAAUCUUAAUAAAAAUAUGUAUAAGCUUACUAGUUUGUAUUUAAGUAUGUACUAAUAUAUGUAAGUACACGCAGCGCCAAAAAUUCGUCAUAAUAACGCAAAAGAUUGACGAAAGUUUGAUGAAGUUUAAGAUCUGGCUGUGGACGAGAGUUAGAAAAGUUUAUAGUUGUAUUUUAAGUAUAUAUUGCAUGAUAUUACAAAAAAAUUCCGUGUUUAUAAGCUCUUUAACUUAAGCAAUAUCCUAUAGUAUAAAUAUAAGUACUUCAAUAGGACAGCACUUGUGCUUGUAUUGUGGCUGGCACUUUGAUCUUUCAAAUAGAAACGGACCAAUUGAUUUACCUUAGUAUUGAUAAAUGCGUUCGAUAAAAACGAUUCUAUGUAUACAAGUACUGUAAGUACACGCGAUUGACAUUACAUCAUUUUGGAGAUAUCUAGUUUCACAUGUCAUGUUCGAAGUUGCAAAUGGGUACAUCAAUUGAUCCUAACAUCUAUGUGUAACAUUUGCAUUAAUAAUAAAUUUUCGCUUUCUGUUACAUAAUUAUAUAUUUGUAUUGUAAUAUUGCAAAAAAUUGAGAAUG